AGCCGAGGCCAGCAUGGAAUGACAGGGAGAACAUGGCGAAGGCAGGCAGCAGAUGAGGAAACAGAAGAGGCAGCAGAUGAGGAAGAGCUCGGGGACCAGGGCACUGCAAGGGUGGUGGUGCAAGAAGAUGAGGAGUCAGAUGAGGAGCAGGCUGAUGAAGUUGGCGCACAAGCCGAAGAAGACUCGCAGGAAGAAGAGGUAGGCCAGGAUGAGCUAGAGAAAGAAGAGAAAAUGUCCUCCUGCCAGGACAGUAUGGAGGAGGGGGAGGAAGAGCAGGGCGAGGAGGAAGAGGAAGAGGAGGCGCUUGAGCCAGCGGAAGACGAUGAAGAGGAGGAGGAUGCGACAGAGAAGCAGCCGGCCAAGGAUCAGGAAGAUUAUGAUGCUGAGGAGGAAGACGAGACAAAAGACGAAGAGCUGGAUGCUGCUGAGGACGAAGACGACAAGAGUGACCACUUGUUUGUGAAG